AUGCCGGCGACACGGCCACGCGCCUCCUUCGAGCCCAUUUCCCCCGACUUCGACCUCAAAGCGCUCGUGGAAUCGACGGAGAAGUUCAGCUAUGUCGAUCGCAUCAGUGUUGAUAUGAUCGACCAGCAAGGUCUGCCCGCCUUCGAGAAGCUCGUACUGCUCCACGUGAUCGUGGGAGGCAAGCCGCUGGUCAUCGACGGCUUCGAGGACCGCCUGGAUCCCUGGACCUUCACCCCGAAAUGGCUCGAGUCCAAUUGCGGGGACAAGCAAGAGAACUCGCGCAACCUGACGAGCAAGGACAACCUCCCAUUGACUAUGGCGCAUUACCUCUCGAACAUGGGCAUGCUCACGAACCAAUUCUUCGGCAAGCCAGGCGCAUACAAAGAGCCGAAGAGACAGAGGGUGUACUUGAAGGACAUCGAUUGCCCGCCUGUCUGGCAGGACAAGCUGAGAGAGCAUAUCCCGAGCAUGCUCUACUACUUGAACGAGAGCACUGGCGAUGUUGGGGGACCCGGUGCAGUGCCAGAAAGCAACGUGUCAGGACGGAGGCUGGGGAAGGGCAUCGCAAGAGCAGGGGACUUGAUGAGCUCGCUACCACCGGACAUGCGUGCGGAGAAUUUGAUGUGCUACAUCGGACACGAAGGGACAUACACGCCUUCUCAUCGCGAGAUGUGCGCUUCUCUUGGCCAGAAUAUCAUGGUGGAGGCGAGUAACACAGUGAACGAUGACGGCAAAGCCGAGAAGCCUGGGUCAUCUAUCUGGUUCAUGACUGAGUCGAAAGAACGGCACAUGGUGUCUGAAUACUGGUUGAGUGUGCUUGGCCAUGACAUCGAAGUUGAGAACCACUUCGCGCAGGUUGUGGCAUGGAAGAAAGCGCCCUUCCACACAUAUGUCGUCGAGCAACGCCCUGGAGACUUCAUCCUCAUUCCCCCGCUCGCGCCGCAUCAAGUCUGGAACCGUGGAACGAGAACGAUGAAGGUGGCUUGGAAUAGGACGACCGUGGAGACGCUUGAAAUGGCACUCAACGAAGCCUUACCACGCAGCAGGAUCGUGUGCCGUGACGAGCAAUACAAGAACAAAGCCAUCAUCUACUACGCCCUGCAGAAGUACAGUGGGCUGCUCACACUAGCGCAGACUCAAGCGUCUCGCAUGCCCAACCAGGAAGCCGCACAUCAGCUCUUGACAAGCCCCAAGAUCAAACAACUGGCCAAGGACUUCAAGCGCCUUUUCAACCUCUAUAGACAAAUACUCCUCUCCGAGAUGUUCAACCCCGACGAGGCCCCACCAAAGCAGGUCGAGUAUCUGCCCUUCGAUGGAAACGUGACUUGCGCUUACUGCCGCGGGAACAUCUUCAACCGCUUCCUGACGUGUCCGUCCUGCAAAGAUGUACUUGGCCACCACACCGGCGACGGAGAAGGCGACCCGUACGAUGUCUGCAUGGACUGCUAUGCCAUGGGUCGCAGCUGCGCCUGCAUCAGCAAUCUGAAAUGGGCGGAGCAGUUCCGUUGGAAAGAGCUGGCGGCCAAGUAUGAGACGUGGCGCAAGCUCAUCAUCGCCUUUGAUGGCGGACAGGUCACAGACAAGACUCCAUUGCCGAUCAACGAAGAGCGGAAGCGGCUAGGCAAGACGACUCUCGCGCAAGUUUGCAAAGAACAGCUCAAGCAGAGACCGUGGAAGGACGUCCACAAGUCCUCCAGCGAGCCCAAGAGCGAUGCCGAAGAGGAAGAGGAGAUUAUCGUCGACGACAACGGCAACGUCAAGAAAACCCAGAAGAAGCGGUCGAAAGCUUGGCUGAACAACAACAGCCCUUGCCAUGUCUGCUGCCAUCGCCACCCGAACUGGAAGAUGGCGCAGUGCACAAAAUGUGAACGGAGGUGGUGCUAUGGUUCGCUAUUUAGGGGCUGGGACAAGAUGCCUAUCGAGAUCAUGGAAGACAAGGAUUGGGAGUGUCCGCAUUGUCUUGGCAUCUGUUUUGCAGGUGCUUGCAAGACGUCUGGGAAGAUGAAUCCUUAUGAGCCGAAGGGCACGUUGUUGGGCCACGACACGAAGCAGGUUGCAGACGCCAGGAGUGUUGAAGCUUUGGUGGACUUCUCGGUCAGCAACCUCAAUUGGCUGAAGGAGGACGAUCCGGCAAAUCGCGCACAGAGCAAGAGGCUGCAGAGAGCUCAACUCGAGGCUCAGAAGGCCAAAGAGACGGACCCAACACUCGAAGACGAGGAUGUGGAGGCGGACAAUGUUGACGAGAGCCGCGUCGAUGAGACACAGAUGGAGAUGGAAGACAUCGAGACCGAGGCACCACCGAUCGAUCCUGCACUUACCGGAAAUAACGGCUACGAAGACGACGAGUCUUUCGCCCUCAGACUGCAGCAGGCGAACAAGGCGCCAACGCCAGGACGCGCGCCUAGAGCUUCAGAUUCAGGCGAGGCACCUGACGGGUAUGCGCCUGUCAGCCACGCUGGCUACGUCCCACCACCGGCGAACAUGUAUCCUCAGCCUGACGAAGCGAAUGGCGCGUACAACUACCCUGGCUUUGCUCGCCCGACGAGUGUCGAGCCCAUGCGAGACGGCAGCGAAGAGCUUGUUGGCGGUCUCAGGCCUUUCAAGCGGUCGCGGCCGGCUGAUGAAGAGGACGCCGAAGGAGAAGACAUCGCCAUGACGAAAGGUCCAAAGUCGAAGAAACCCAGAAUGACCGCUGCUGGCUUCCGCAGUCUUGACCUGGCUGAUGGCAUGGCGCCGAGCUCGGCUUCGAAGGCGAAAAACGAGGCACAGCGGCAGUUCGAGAAGGAGAAGGAGCGGAAGGCGCUCGACAAGGCGAAAGCGGAGGGUCGCUUCAUCAUGCUCUCAGCUGCGCUUCGAGGGAAGCGUAGGGUGGUGCGGCUACUCAUUCCUCGUGAGAAGCUGGCUCAGAUCAUGGCACAGCAAGCGGCCAAGGCUGCACUGACCGCCGGCGAUGAAGCCGAUGCGGAUGGCGGAGUGGAUGACGGCGUGCCACAACCAGCACCCGAAGCCACAGAGGCAGACGACGGCGAGAUGGUGCUGAAGAGCGACAUCCAGCCCAAGAAGACCAAAGAUACCCGUGCAUACUACCAGCAACGCCAACAAAGCGGCCACGUAGUAGUCGGCGGGCAGCGCAAAGCUCUCAUCCCCGUGGAAAAGGACGACAACUACCGGCAAUACACUUCCCAGAAGAAAGUCGGCGGCGGCGGCGGCGGUGCUCACCGCAAAGGCCGCAACGCGCCCAACGUCGACUACGAGGAAGUCGACAUCGGCAGCGACGACGAAGGCGUCGCAGACAACGACUUCAUCCUCGUCUCCGCCUCCCGCGCCGGCUCGUCUGCCGUCCGCAAACCGAAAGACCGCCGUAGUCUGCCGAACUACCUCCAACGCCGCGGCGACGAUGCCGAGGAGGAGUUCCCCGACGAGCUGCCAUCGGAAUAUCGCGAUCGCACGAAUCAAGACCGCUCUUCUCGCCCGAAGAAGGCGAAUGGUCUUGUUGGUAGAUCGAGGAAAUCUGCUAGUUUGGUCGAGAGUAGUCUGACUGCGGGGAAGCGGCCGAGCGUGAGGCCUCCGCCGACAACUAUUGAUCUCGACGCUGAUGCGGAGGGGGAUAUGGAGCUCGAUGAUGUGACGAUAGGCGCGAUCGAUGAUGCUGCGAAUGGGGAGUGGAUGGAUGUCGACGAAGUCGUGGACGCCCCGGGGUUCGCUGCUGUCAACCACCCUGCGCGUGGGACGGCGGGGAAGAGCGUGACGUUUGCACCGGAUACGGACAAGUCUGCACGGUUGAAGCAGAAGAAUAGGGCGAUGGAUGAGCAGAAUAGGUUGGCGAAGCUGCAGGCGCUCGAUAUGGUUGAUGAGCCCUCCAUGGGAACGGGGAAGGGCCGCGCGGGUGGGGGAAAGGGUGGGCACGUGGUUAGCAUGGCUGGGGUGUUGGGGGAGGAGAGUGAGGACGAGGAUGAGGGGGAUGAGAUUGAGGUCGUGCCUGCGCGGAGGGUGGGUGCUGCUCGGUCAUUGGCGGUCUGA